ACAGGUAGGGGGUGCGCGCGAGGCACGCGCCCGCCCUACCUGCAGCCGCCAUUCGCGGCUGCGGCUGUAAAUCAUCGGGUCCCGGACGGUGGUUACUCGCCAGCACCCGGUGAUUGCCAAGCAUCUCCGAUGGAGAGGAGAACUGUUUGUAAACAAAACAGUUCUCCUCCCUGUCAGUUCGUGCACACUGCUUUGGAUAGCUGUGCACAGCACAGCCAUGCAAAGCAGUGUGAUUACAGUGAAAUACAAACACAUGACCCCAUAGUAAAGCACACCCAGCACACAGUUAAGCCUUUGAUCGGCCCUCAUGUUAACCCCUUCCUGCCCAGUGCCAUUAGUACAGUGUCAGUGCUUUUUUUUUAGCACUG